AUGGCUUCUUUCAGUCUAGUGCCGAGGGACGGCGCAGACUUUCGUGCUACCAUGGAAUCGCUUCAGCUAAAUUUCGAGUUCUCUGAUGAUGUCUUGGAGGCCUUGGUCAAGCAGAAGAUCAAGAACCUCGAGGAAUUCCGUUACUUCUUCGAGUCGGAAGCAGAGAUAGGUCUCUGGGUUCAGAAGCUUUCCUUGGGAGACCAGCAGGCCCUGCAAACGGCACGCCUUCGCCGCACCUGGGCAGCCGUUAAGGUGUUCUUUCAGCACGCCGACGCAGGCCGGGUCAGGAUCUCAGAGUCGGACCUGGAUGACCUACUUGAUGAUAGCUCCCUGCGUGAUAUGAAGCAGCAGUUCUGGCGUCGCUACAAAACUAGGUUCCCACCAGAACUCUACCCAUCUGACGCUACGCUCUCGCGAGUGACGCGGGAGCUUAACAAAAGGAUGCUUUGUGUGUUCAGCGUCUGGAAAGUGAAGAGUCUCCAAUUUCAACUCGUGAGCGCCAGCAAGAAGCGCAAGCUUGGGGAUAACUUGUAUACCGAGGACCAGGAGCAAGAUGAGGCGGUUCCUCGGGACUGCGAGUCCUACUUGGACCGGUUGCAGAUUCUCCUCACUGCAUAUGCACUUGCCGGUGUCCAGGCGGUCGCGGGGUCUCCCCCCGCCAACGGCGAGAAUACCGUGGGGGCCGAUACCACCCAGUUCGUGCAUGCACCUUUGGAUGUGCUCAUGGAGUACUUCCAUCGUGCCAAGAGGUCGGUCUCGCAAGUGCAGGGGCCCAAGAGGCUUGCGUGGCUCCAGCACAAGGACACCGAAGAGCGGGCGGUUUGGGUCUCGAAGUUCAGGGAGUCGACCAAGACGCUUGGUGCCGUGGUUCGCGAGGUUCUCGACCUUCGCGAUGCGCACUGGAUACCUGUGCAAGCGAGCUCCGCGACUGAGUCGUUGUCUGCCUCUCCGGCGAAGCCUCCACAGGGAGGGGCCCCGCAGCCCCCCCCUAAGCCUUCUUCCUUCGCCUUGGGCAGGAGUGUCAACGGGAAGAAAGUGGCGCAGAUGAUGAAAGAUGGCAAACGACUAUGCCAGGAAUAUCAGGAGGGCCGUUGCGCGAAAGGCAAGCAAUGCCCCGAUCUGCAUCGAUGCGGCGUGGUUCUCAAGGGAGAGAGAGUCUGCGGAUCUGCCAAGCAUGGUGCUUCCUCCUGCAAGCAGAAGGCUCCUGCAUCGCCCACUUCGAUUCCCGUUAUGGCGGAUCUCUUUUCGGGACCCAACGCACCGCUUUCCAAAGCUUUUCUCUUUUGCGGCUGGCAGUGCUUGCCUGUGGAUCUCAAGAUUGAUUCGUCCCAUGACUUGGCUAACCCACUCAGGCAAGAGAGCUUGGCAGCACAGCUCCAGCAAGUCGAUUUCAUUGCGGCGGCCUUCGACUGCUCCACCAAGAGCCGCGCGCGGGCGAUCCCGCGCGCCUUUGAGGAUGGCAGGCCGGCACCUAGGCCGCUCCGGUCCGCUUCAUACCCAGAGGGACUGGGUGGGCUUAGCAAGACAGAGCAAGAGCGGUUGGACAAGGACAACCGGGCAUGUUCCUUUGUCCUUGACGCUAUCCAGCAGGCGGCCGAGAAGGGCGUCGGGUCAGUGCGCGAGAAUCCAGCCAACAGUUUGCAUUGGCUUCUCCCCCAGGAGGUGCAGUCGUUCCAGUCGGGGUUGUGGCAAGACAAACAUUAUGAUGCUUGCUGCUGGGGUGGUGCUCGCUACAAGCGCCAGCGACUUAGGCACAACUUGCAAGAGAUCGCAGACUGGCCGGCGAUUCAGUGCCACCAUAUCCAUGGCAAAGGCGAGUGGGAUCCUCAAUCCUUGGAUGGCCAGCACUGGUUCCCGUCGCAGGAGGAAGCGGAAUACACCGCUCCGCUCGCAUUCGCGAUUGCGGUGUCAGCCUCGUGGUGGGCUGCCAGAGUGGGCCGAGCUAAGUUGGCUGUCCCGAGGAUGCCGGUCCCGGGUUGCGUUGGUCGGCGAGAAGCGUGGACUAGCUUCGAUCCGCGGGCGCUGCGGGCCUGGGCGAUGGCACCCUUGGCUAUCUCCCUUGGGUUGACCCCGCCCUGCGAUGAGGAGGCAAAUCGGAUCCCACGCCGCAGGGCAGUGGCAGAGCUCCAGCGCGAUGACGGUUCGCUACCACCAGGGGCUAUCUACAUUGGUCAAGUCCAUCAUUCACAUCGCCUGCCGCGCACCAAAUGGGCUGCCCCCAUGGUGGCAGGGCACGAUUGCCCGUUCGACGAGUUCCUGCCACGUUACGUGCAGCACAUCAAGGACAACCUGGGCGACCAGCUUCCGGAGCUCUUUGGGAAAACCUUGGUGGUGGAUGAGAUCACCGCCUGGCCAUCGGAAGGCGAUGCCCUCGCGGGGCUCGUUUUCGAAGAGCUAUCGGACAGGAGCAAGGAAGCCAAGCCGUUGCAACGGAGGCCGCAGACCAAGAAGCGCAGGAGCGGCCAGCUUGGCCGUCCACUCCGGGCGCUUGGGAUGGCAGCGGCUCCGUUGGUGGAUGCGUCCCAAAUUUUCUCCUGCUACUUGCGGCAGGAAGAUGUCUUUGGGGCGGUGUGCAAGCUUUUUCCGGCAGAAUGGUUGGAAGGAGUUACCUUCCCUUUCCUUGAAGACUUAAUCAACGCUCCGCCGUUUGAUUUGUACACAAGUCAGCUCGUAUCUUCCAGCGUGCUGCGGGACAGCAAGCGGGCUCUUGCGCGCCUUCAUGAACCAGUUCCCACGGAGCGCGAGCCUAUCUUGGACCCCGAUCUUCGUUUUGCCGCCGACUUCACAGCAGCCAAUCGAACAGGUUUGCGAGCCUUACGCCAGAAAGCGGUCGGUGCAGUACAUGAGCUCAAGCGCAGAUGGGCCCCAGUCGAUGUCGCCUUGCGGCGCUUCCAGGCCCCUUCCCUGCGCCGUGUGACGGCUGCUCGGGAUAUUGGGCUGGUGGCGCUACUCGUUGUGCUCUUCUCCUGGCCUGACACGGCCCUGCCAUUCUCUCUGGUAGCGGGAAUGCCAGCGGUGGGUUUCGCGCCGUGUUACGGUGUCUUCCCACAGCUGCCUGCUUCUCACAUCUCCUUCGAGGAGGUGAUGGGUGACUGGCGGGCCCACAAUGCCCGGAUGCUGUCCAGGAUCGGACCGUCAAAGGACGACGUCUUCUUGCUGCAGCAAUCCACUAAAGAUUACGAGGCUGGGUUUUGCUCCCCGCCUCUCACCAAGUCCGCGCUGUUGAGUCAACUCAAGGGACGCCCUUACCGCCUGAUCCCACGCUGCGUGAUUACCCAGUCUUCUGGUAAACAGCGCAUUAUCGACAACGCGGACGUGGGUGGCCAAUCAGAGACGUCCCACGACUCCAACAAGCUGGUCCUUUGCAGUGCCUUGCGCCCGGGUCAGCACGCUCAGGCCAUUGUGGCGCGGGUCCCCCCUGAAGACCUCGAGGAGGCCAGGGAGAGUGAGGAGUCUCUGGCUUGCUUGGUGGUCUGGUGGCAUCACGAAUGGCAAGCGCCCGCCUACCAGAUCUAUGCCGGGCUGCUAUUUGGUCUUCCGUUGGCAGUGACAUCUUUCAACAGGUACAGUCGUUUCUCCGAGGCGGCCUCCCGAAGGCUCGCCCUCACAGUGGCUUCCUCCUACUUCGACGACUUCAACCUGCUCGAUUGGGCAUCGUCCAAAGGCUCGGGCCAGUGGGCCGUUGGGUCCAUCAAUGCCUUGUUGGGCACUGUCCCGAGGGUUCGUCACCUUUUGGGCGAGAGAGCGCCUCUUCGACAAAUGGCCGACCUCAUCGAGCAGGGCUCCCUGCGAGCGGGUCUCGCCUCCAAGAUGUUCGGCCUUAUGAACUGCGGGUACCCGUCGGGCCCUCCUGGCGGGUACCCGCCGGGCCCUCCUGGCGGGUACCCGCCGGGCCCUUGUACCCGCCGCCCCUUCCUGGCGGGUACCCGCGGGGCCCUCCUGGCGGGUACCGGGUACCCGCCGGCCUUUGUGGCGGGCACUGGCGGGUACUCGCCGGCCCUCCUGGCGGGUGCGGACAUGACGGACGGAGCCAUGCGGGAUGCUGCUGGCUUCGAUUGUGCUCGGCUUGGGGCUUGGUAUGCUUUGCGGUAUGCUUCAACUUCGGAGUUGAUUCGUCGAUGGGCCAUGUCCCCGUGGUCCAAGAGUUAUCCUCAGCAGAGUGAGCGGCUCACUGAGGGUGACUCUGAUCGUGCACUCGUUCUACCAGCUGCCAAAUCUGUGCAACCUUUGGACACCCGUAUGGAUGCUGUCGUAGAGUCGGAGUGUGCUGCACCGGCGGUGAAAGCCUUCAAGAGUCUGAAAUCCGAAUCCUCUGGUGACGGUGUCAUCCUAGACCUCAGUGAUGAGAAGCUGCCGAAGGGUCGUAAGGAGCAGGGUCGACAGAAGCGGCUUCGAGAUCUGGUCCAGAAAGAUGCUGGAAACAAAGAGGUCAGACCGCGGCUCACCCAGAAAGAUUACAAUCAUAUGGUCCGCUGUGUGAAAGAUCACGACGACCUGGGGGCUGAUCGGCGGAAACUCCAAGAGCUUCAACCGAAGUUGGCGAAGGCUCAACAGACGAUUUUAAUCUUGGAGAAGGCCUUAGAAAAGUUGAGGCGCUGA